UCUCAAGAUCAUCUUCGAAAACGGCAUUGCUAUUUUACUUUUUCCAUAAUCUUGUUUCUGCAUUUUGGGAUUACGAUCAUCAUGAAUGCUCUCGCUGCAACAAAUCGGAACUUUCGUCAUGCUGCUCGUCUGCUUGGACUUGAUUCUAAACUCGAGAAGAGUCUGUUGAUUCCGUUUAGAGAAAUCAAGGUGGAGUGCACGAUCCCGAAGGAUGACGGAACUUUGGUGUCGUAUGUUGGAUUUAGAGUGCAACAUGAUAAUUCUCGUGGACCGAUGAAGGGAGGAAUCAGAUAUCAUCCUGAGGUUGACCCUGAUGAGGUAAAUGCAUUGGCUCAACUAAUGACUUGGAAGACUGCAGUGGCCGACAUUCCUUAUGGUGGCGCGAAAGGUGGGAUUGGGGUCACACCUCGGGACUUGACCUUGAGUGAGCUUGAACGUCUUACUCGUGUCUUCACACAAAAGAUUCAUGAUCUUAUUGGAGUAAACACUGACGUACCGGCACCAGAUAUGGGCACCAAUGCUCAGACUAUGGCUUGGAUUUUAGAUGAGUACUCGAAAUUCCAUGGUCACUCGCCAGCUAUUGUCACUGGAAAGCCAAUAGAUCUUGGUGGAUCGCUGGGGAGAGAUGCUGCAACUGGCCGUGGUGUUGUUUUUGCAACAGAAGCCUUACUUGCGGAACAUGGCAAGUCUAUCAAAGAUAUGACUUUUGCUAUUCAGGGUUUUGGGAAUGUGGGAUCGUGGGCAUCAAGGCUGAUUCAAGAAAGGGGUGGUAAGAUUGUUGCAGUGAGUGAUGUCACUGGAGCGGUGAAGAACCUCAAUGGUAUUGAUAUACUAGCAUUGCUCAAGCAUAAAGAAACAACUGGGAGCUUAAGUAAUUUCAAUGGGGGAGACUCCAUGAAUGCAGAUGAAUUACUAGUUUAUGAAUGUGAUGUACUCAUACCAUGUGCCUUAGGUGGUGUUCUCAACAGAGAAAAUGCAGGAGAAGUGAAAGCCAAGUUCAUCAUAGAAGCUGCAAAUCAUCCUACUGAUCCAGAAGCGGAUGAGAUUUUAUCAAAGAAAGGAGUUAUAAUCCUUCCUGAUAUAUAUGCAAAUGCUGGAGGUGUGACUGUUAGCUACUUCGAGUGGGUUCAGAACAUUCAAGGAUUUAUGUGGGAUGAAGAGAAGGUGAAUGAUGAACUUAAGAAAUACAUGACGAAAGCUUUCCAUAACAUCAAGAGCAUGUGUCAGACGCACGAGUGCAGCCUUCGUAUGGGAGCGUUCACAUUGGGAGUCAAUCGGGUUGCUCGCUCUACUCUCUUAAGAGGAUGGGAGGCUUAAUUAGGUUAUUUAUAGGAUAUACCAUUGUUACCAACAUUUAUUUAAGCAAAACUCUUGAUAGAUUUCUUUUUAUCUAUAAAUUACAACACAACACAACACAAAACAAAUUUGAAACCAUUGGAGGGAGGGAUAAUGACAUUUGGUGCUUGGAAUUCAUGGUUUGAUCUACUUCUUUUACCGCAAGUCUUUACUGUAUUUGUUUGUGAAAUCUGAAAUUUUGGAAUGGUUUGCUUGUUU